AGUCUGUACCUGUUGGAGACAAUACUUUAUUUGGGACCACUUCAGAACAGUAUGCCAACACUGCUGGAAGGUGCGAUGGACACCUUAAUCAAGGUCUUUCACCAUUAUUCAGGAAAAGAAGGGGACAAAUAUAAACUCAAUAAAGGAGAACUCAAGGAGCUCCUCACCAGCGAACUUACUGACUUCCUUUCGUGUCAAAAGGAUCCCCAGUUGGUUGAUAAGAUUAUGCAAGAUCUUGAUAGCAAUAAAGACAAUGAAGUGGAUUUUAACGAAUUUGUGGUUCUGGUUGCUGCCUUGACUGUUGCAUGCAAUGAUUUCUUUGAAGAGCAAAUGAGGAAAAGGGGAGAAUAGAAAUGGUUGCAGUCGCCUUUUAGAGACAGGAUGGGAGACAGCAACGGAACCAAUAUUUCACUUUUUGUUUUGUGUUUGGCUUUCCCUUCU